GAUUUUAUGAAAGUGAGGGCAACUGAUGCACAUCUAACAACUGAUUGCGACAGAAUGGAAAAUAUUGCUAGUGAUUACUGUAGCACAGCCUGAUGUGCCAGUAGCUACAAUCGAAACGGCACUCUUUGUAAAUACCGGAGUUAAAGAGCUGAGGGAACUCGAGCAGCUCUGAGAGGAUGUUGUUGCUAUGCACGCCGGCGAGCUGCGCACUCACACGAGUGGACAUUUAAAGGGAAAUAACAACGGGCUCUUUGUACCCAGUCAAGUUUUCGCAGAUUUCAUAGUAUUUGAUAAACUCUCAAUGUGUGCUUCUGUAAAAGCGCGUUUGGGUUCACUGUGGAUUUAAUCACAGCGAGCAUCAGACUAGAUGACAAGAACAAUAGGUUUUGGGCCUAUUUUUUUCGGAGGAGGUUCUGUGUCCUAUCUUUCCACUAUAGCCAAACCCUGCCGCCAUCUUGAAUUUCAAUGUAAAUUAUCUUGCAGUUUUUGCUUGCUAUAAGGAAUAUUUUGUAAGACAUUCCGCUCGUCUCGGGCACUUGUGACGGACAUGUCGUAACAUAGGAAAAACAAAAGUGCAAGCAGGAUUGAAAGUUACACUCCAUAGUAUAUAUUCUAAUAGUCCUGCAAGCGGGAAAUAAAACCGCUUGUCGCAUGUUGCUCAUGAUUUCUCAGACGUACAUAGAAGCUAAAUGAGCCUUCACCAGAAAGCCUGCUGGUAUGAAGUAGAUGGGAGAAUCCAAGAACAUGGUGCUGAAUGGAAGGAGACAUGGCAGUAGGUUCUCCAGCAAUCAGCCCGUUGGGAAGACCAGACUGCAGAAUGGCCAGAGGGCCCACCUGCGCCAGAGCAAAAGCUCCCCGAGUGGCAGGAGAUGCAGCCGGCGUGUCAGUGGUGCAGCCCCAGAGCCAGAGAGGCGCCAUGUGCCCUCAUCAGGGAUGACGGCUAAGGAGCUGUGUGAAUAUGAUGACUUGUCCACCAGCCUGAUUCUGGACUCUUACUUGGGUUUUCAGACUCACAAGAUGAAUACAAGAUUUCGUCCAAUCAAGGGCCGACAAUCGGAGCUUAGAGAAGUGAUUGAAAGCUUCAAGAAGCAUGACAACCUGGAAAAAGCUUUCCAGGCGUUGACCUCUGCAGACUGGAGAAGACAUCACUUUUUCAAUAAGACAAAGGCCCAGGAGAAGCUGUUCAAAGCACAUGUCUUUGUUUACUUGCGUAUGUUUGCAGCAGACAGUGGGUUUGAGAUUCUUCCAUGCAAUCGCUAUUCCUCUGAGCAAAAUGGAGCCAAAAUUGUAGCAACAAAAGAUUGGAAAAGGAACGAUGAAAUUGAACACCUUGUGGGUUGCAUUGCUGAGCUGUCUGCUCAUGAAGAGAAGAUGUUGUUGCGCCAUGGAGAGAAUGACUUCAGUGUCAUGUACUCUACGCGUAAGAACUGUGCUCAGCUUUGGCUGGGACCUGCUGCUUUUAUUAAUCAUGACUGCCGGCCAAAUUGCAAGUUUGUAUCCACAGGUCGAGACACUGCUUGUGUCAAGGUCCUGCGGGACAUUGAACCAGGGGAAGAGAUCUCCUGUUAUUAUGGAGAUGGCUUCUUUGGAGAAAACAACGAAUUCUGUGAAUGCUAUACUUGCGAAAGGCGUGGCACUGGUGCUUUUAAGUCAAAAGCAGGACUGCCUGUCGAGGUCCCAGUGAUCAAUAGCAAGUAUGGCCUGAGGGAGACUGACAAGAGGCUCAACAGACUGAAGAAGCUGGAAGAGGGCAGUAAGAAAUCAGACAGCCAGUCUGUUGCCUCGACUGAAGCAGAGUCUCAGGAACCACCCAGUGGACAGACAUCAUUACGGAGGAGGAUGUCACAACCCUGUCUCAAAGUGCACUGCAAAGGCAGAGCUGUGACAAGGCAAACUCGGUCAAGCACUCCUACCUCACCCCCAAAACGAAGUCAAACAACCAACUCAAGUUUACCAAAGAGACUUGCAUCAAAGCCUGCACAGCCUUUGUCUAAAAGUAGGAGAAGGCGUCAAGCAGCGGGACUGAAAACGCCUACCAGAGCAAGUGUAGGGAGCUUGAGCCUCAAGCAGUCUUGCAAAAGAGAGGCAGACAGUCGAGGAGCCUCUCAGUUCUCUGGCUGCAGGGGUGCCAUUAAGCCUGCUGCAGCUCAUGAAAACAAUCAGAACUCCACAAAGGGUGCUUCAGCCUGCAAAGGCAGUGUGUCUUGCCCAUACAGAACUCGCAGGUCCAGUAGGACCUCUCUCGGUGCUCAUGAGCGUGAUGAAGGCAAAUGUGGCUCAAAGCCAAGCAGCACAAACAAAGUUGCAGAUAGCGCGGCCCUCAAAAUGGAGCCUGGCGAUUUUGUUCCCACAAUGCCUGGCCAUCAGAUUAACAUCCCCAGCCUCGAGGCCAGCUGUCCCAAGAAAGGGACGUGCCCAAGACGAAGGAGGACAAUAAAACAGGAAGAAACGGGCACGUACAUGGACGAUCUUCUUCAGGAGGGUGUGCCUGAUCUGCAGCCUGCAGCACAUGCUGCUGAUGUGGCGGAUUGUGCCAAGGUGCCACUUGUCUUGCCAGAGCGGCAUUACGAAGGCUUGGCAGAGAGUUCCAAGGUGUCACGUCGCAUGAAGGGGAGCAAGAAAAAGCGGCGCAUCACACGCUACGAUGCACAACUAAUCUUGGAGAACAACACAGGCAUCCCCAAGCUGACACUGCGGCGGCGACAUGACAGCAGCAGCAGCAGCAGCAAGAAGAAAGAGCAUCGAGAUGCCAAGGCUGUGCAACGUUCAUCAAAAAUCAGCAUCAAGUUCAGCAAAGAGCGGGAAAGUGAGCGUGCUGGCCUAUAUGUGGCCAAGCUGAACAACGGCUUUGGUCAUGGACCUCACGGGAGCUCCACCAAGCUGAAAAUCCAGCUAAAGCGUGAGGAGGAUGUGACCUUCACAGGUUUAGUCAAGAGGGAGGAGGGUGAAGUUCUGGAGAGAGAGGUAGGAGUUCAGAUGGGUCGGAAUGUCCAGGAGGACUCGCUGACUUCGGAAGAUGAGGAGGAGGACUACUUUGACAAUGAGGAUGACUUCAUCCCUCUUCCACCAGCAAAACGUCUACGGCUCAUUGUGGGCAAAGAUUCCAUAGACAUUGACAUCUCCUCAAGAAGGAGAGAGGACCAGUCACUCAGACUCAAUGCCUAAGCUAUGUAAAUAACCCUCAGUCCUACCAAUUGUGUGUUCAUUUUGAAUGACUUAAUUUAAAUGUGGAGUAAGAAUGGCAAAUGUACAGUGAAAACACAAGAUAUCUUUCUCUGCAUUUUAAUGGUGGCACUUCUUUUCUUUAUUCUUCAUGACUAUAAAUAUUGUAGAAACUGUACAGAUGUGUAUGAAUUCUAUUUGUCAAUUUAAUGUGCAGAUGUUAAUCAGUGUUUUGUCAAGCUUUGCAGUUUUUUUUUCUCCCUCCAAUCGAGGGAUAGUUCAAUCAACACUAAAAAGCUAACAGGGUGGUGAUAAACCCAUAACUGGGGUGGUCUGAUUUUCAUUUCUAAAUUGCCCUGCAGACAGCAAUCAUUCUUGGGCAUUUUAGCAUGUUUUGGUGGAACUAUUCCUUUCAUGUCUCAGUCUGGUGAAAGGUAAAAGGGCUGGAAUCUGUUCAUCUGUUUUCAAAAACAAUGCAUGUGUUCACCUCUGAAGCUAGCUAUCAGUUUUUGAGUUAACAGCAGCAGUGUGCAAGAUCUUGUUUGACUCAGUGUCUCUAAAGGGAAUAUUAAAGAAAUUAAAUUGGUAAACUGGUUGUUAAAAAAAAACUCCUUAUUGGUCUCAUGUUCUAAUGUUUGCAUCAUGUUUUGUCCACCCAGAGGCCAUGGUGCUCACUGUUGUGGCCUGUGAUCCAUCUGGCAUGCUGUGCGAUUUGAAACCCAAUAGGAAAAUAUUUUAAAAUAAAAGCCAAUAGAUGUUGGGCCAUACUUAAAAAAAAAAAUCCUUAGUAAUCUAUUCACAAAUUAUAUCAUUAGGAUUUAAAAUUGUUUGACCUUGUGGUUCUGAGCUUUGCUAGCAAGGUUAUUUAAAGCAUUUAGUCCUUUUAUUUUGUUUCUCAGAGUAUGAGUAGGCAGCUGACACUUUUUUUUUUUUGGUCUGGCACCCCUAGUGAUUGUCUAUAAGCUAAGACAGUUUGUCAGACUCUAGUUUUCAUAAGGAUUACAACAAUACCCCAAGUUCUUUCUCUUUAGAAUGUGGACAUAGCAAUGUGUGAUGUAUACAUGCACUUUGGGGAGGGAGGGGGCUUGCUCACUGUAUAUACUGGAACCUGUUUUUAUUUAACUCUUUUGAGUACUUGAAAAUAUUAAAGUCAUUUUUGAGA